UCGAUAUGAAAAACUGACAUAUAAAUAGGUUGGCGGCGAGGAUCCUUUGCCAGUGACCGCUAUGGGAUUCCGUGGUGUAGUGAUCGUGCUGGCGCUGGCGAAUAUCGCCCUAGCGUCAGUGUACGACAAUGCUAUCGAAGGUGGAGAUAGGAUAGUGCAAGUUGCGCCCGUGUUGGCGCCACCCAGGGACUCUAGGACGCCGGUGACUGACCGCUCCCGGCAGUUCCCGAUACUAGUGAUCCUUGCUCAGCAGAACCCGCAGGAGAGAGUCAGGGAACCUGAAGCUAAGUCCCUGAAUAUCAACCAAGAACCCAUUUAUGUUAAGAAACUUGAAGAAAAAGAUGGUCGGUCUAAUAGACAGAAGAGAACGUUGGGUAAACUUUUUCUCGGCCACGGUCUAGGAGGAGGGGGCGGUGGUUUAUCAUUUGGCGGCGGUUUAUCAAUUGGCGGCGGUGGUGGCGGUUACGGCGGUGGUUACGGCGGCGGUUAUGGCGGAGGAUACGGCGGUGGUGGCGGUUACGGCGGUGGCAGAGGAUUUGACAGUGGUUAUGGAGGCCAUGGCGGCGGUCAGGGUGGAUAUGUCACGUACGAAGAACCGCCUAAAACCGUGAUUGUGAAAGUUAUUAAAGAACACGGUCACCGCCACGGUGGUUAUGGAGGUGGUAACUAUGGCGGCGGUAACUAUGGAGGCGGAAAUUACGGCGGCGGUAACUACGGCGGUAGCUUCGAAGGCGGCUACGGUGGUGGCGGCGGCGGCGGCGGCGGUGGUUACGGAGGUGGUUACGGCGGAGGCGGCGGCGGCGGCGGUGGCGGUGGCGGCGGUUUCGGCGGUGGUUUUGGCGGCGGUGGCGGCGGCGGUGGUUACAACGGCGGUAGCAACGGUGGCAACUACGGCGGUGGCAGUGGUGGCAAUUACGGAAACCAAGGAGGCUAUGGGGGACACCAAGGCGGUUCAGGAUGCCCUGGCGGUUGUGGCGGUAACGGAGGUAGUCAAGUCACCGCGACUGCUACUGCUACUGCCACCGCUUCAGCUUCAGGGUACGGCAAGCGCAAAUAAGCCUGCAUGAAACAAUCAGAAGCAAACUUGAAGAAGAAAAAAAUAAAUGAAAGAAGAUGCGCUGAAGUCAUCCAUAAAAGACUAUCAUCAAUAAAGACUAUCAUCAAUUAAAACAAUUGUAAUUUGUAAUGGAUCUAGUCCAUAAAACUGAACUCCAUGGCUAAAUAUAUAUAUGCCGUCAAUUUAAUGCAUACUUAUCUAAUUUUUUUACUAAAAAUGUUUAGUUACCUCCGUAACACGUAUAGUUUUUUAAAUGUGACAUGUGUAGGUAUAGAUGAUUAUUUAUAUUUAUAUAAUAUUUUAAUAGUUAUUAUUCGCUUAUUUCUAACUUUGCAAAUACGAUAAUAAUAAUUAUUAAAAACAUAUUCAAAAAGUUGUAAGUAUAUAAAAGCUAAAAGUUUGACUAAAUUGUACAAAAAAUACGAUAUAAUAUUCACAAAAACUUAUGAGUUGUUUAUAUGUUCAAAAUACAUUCCGCCUUUUGCAGGCUAUAAAAUCUACAUUAAAAAUUUAGGUAUUUUGCUCAACUUAACUUAAGCACUUAGCAAUAAAACUAUUUUAAUUUA